GAGGGGAAUCAAGCGGUCAGCAGAAAGGCGAGAGACAAAGUGAAAGAAGGAGAGGAAGAAGAGAGAGGUACCUGGGCACAUGAUCAUUCCACAACGUCUUACGUACUUAUUUUUGGAUUAGUAGAUAUGUUGUAAGACAGCGAAAUUUAAACGGCGCGAAGCAGAAAACGGAAAAACAAAAAUACCCUGCGAUCGCUACAAAACCCGUCAUCGACAUGUCAGAAAUUGUCCCCCCUGAAGUGAGACCUAAACCGGCCGUCCCAGCCAAACCCUCUCAUGUGGCACCGCCUUCCAGCGUUCCCUUUGUGCCUUCACCCCAAGGAACAGGGGGAGAUGGGCAAGGGUCAGGUCGAGGAUCUGCAUUGCUUGGAUACAUUGGGAUAGACACCAUCAUUGAGCAGAUGCGGAAGAAGACCAUGAAGACCGGCUUUGAUUUCAACAUCAUGGUAGUUGGUCAAAGUGGUCUGGGGAAAUCCACCUUGGUGAAUACUCUGUUUAAGUCACAGGUGAGCAGAAGAAGCACAGGCUGGAGUCACGAUGAGAAGAUCACAAAGACUGUAGAGAUUAAAUCUGUUUCUCAUGUGAUUGAGGAAGGAGGUGUGAAGAUGAAGUUAACAGUUGUUGACACACCAGGCUUUGGGGACCAAAUUAACAAUGAUUAUUGUUGGGAGCCCAUCUCCAAAUACAUCAAUGAACAGUAUGAGAAGUUUUUGAAGGAAGAAGUGAACAUUGCUCGCAAAAAACGUAUCCCAGAUACCAGAGUGCACUGCUGCCUGUACUUCAUUUCACCAACCGGACACUCGCUUCGCCAGUUGGAUAUUGAGUUCAUGAAACAUCUGAGUCGUGUGGUCAACAUCAUUCCUGUCAUCGCCAAGUCUGACACGCUCACUCCUGAUGAGAAAACUGAAUUCAAACAGAAGGUGAGGAAGGAGCUGGAGGUUUGUGGAAUCGAGUGUUAUCCACAGAAAGAAUUUGAUGAAGACAUGGAGGAUAAGAGUGAUAAUGAUAAGAUCAGGGAUUCAAUGCCCUUUGCUGUGGUAGGAAGUGAUAAAGAGUACCAGGUCAAUGGCAAACGAGUUUUGGGGAGGAAGACAGCCUGGGGAGUGGUGGAGGUUGAAAACCCAAAUCACUGCGAAUUCUCCUUACUUCGUGAUUUCCUGAUCAGGUCUCACCUCCAGGACCUGAAAGAGGUCACUCAUAACAUCCACUAUGAGACGUACCGUGCCAAGAGGCUCAAUCAUAACGGAGGUCUGCAUCCCAUCUCCUCCACUGGUACUGACACACAGGAGAGUAUCCUGUGAAGAAAAAUGAGCAAGAAAACAAAAGAUAGCUAGGAAAGAUGAAAGAGGAGAAAAAAGAUAACGAAGUUUCACUUUAUAAUUCAGCUUAGCAUGAAUAAUUAAUUGCUGUGGAGGUUUUGUCAUUGUUCUCCUUUUAACCCUUCGUGGAACUCAUCUUGUCUUCUCUUUUCACAUAACCUUGUUGUCAAGUUAGUUCAAUAACUUGAAAUUACAAAGUUCUUCAGCUCACAAUGCUGAUUUUAGUGAGCGAGAUUGCUUGCGCAGGCCACAUAUUAGGGUAAACAGUCCUGUGUACACGUUGUUCUAAAACAGAAAUUGUGUCCAAUUCCUCUGUUCUCUUUCUGAUUCUGAACCUCUCCCUUUGUCCUCCAUGAGCACCUCUGUUAGAGCAGUUUAAUAUAGUUACAUUGGUCAGCACAUUGGAGGAUUGCACUGCCACUGCAGCGUACUCUAUGGGCCUUAAUUAUUAAAACAAUUAGCACACUUUUAGCUCAUUAGCCAAUGCAAGAAAUCAUGAAUCUGAAUCUCAACUCCAUGGAUUGUCACAGUGCUGUUAUACAUGAAUAUCAACACAUUUGGAACACCAUUGCCAGUCUGAACUAACUGUUGUAUAGUACAUUUUUACAUGCAAAGUGUUUUAAUAGGUGUUCAAGAUUUUCAUCUCUUUAGGCCUGUAAGGGUACAGCUGUGUUUCUCUCAGUACUCUAGAUUCUCUAGUAUUAAUCUUCUACCUUUGCAGUAUAACUUGCCAAAGCAAGUCUCAGAGGACUCUGAAGUGACCAUUGAAGUAUCUGCUAAAGGAUGAUUCCAAAACAGGUACAACAGUUACUAAUUUGUUUACAUUGUUUUUUAACUGUCCUUAACUUCAGAGUAACUAAAAGAAAACUGAUUAAAAUGAUCAGACUUGUGGCUUUAAGGCUUUCCUUCAGCACAUUUUGUAUGUGUCUGCUUGUGUGAAUGAGUACACAAGUUGCAAAUGUUAAGUUUUCUCUUUGGUUACAGUGAUUUUUGCCUCUUAACUUACCCCCUCCUUCAAAUGUAAUUUGUUAGCAAUUAUUCUUUUCUUUACAUUUUCCAUGUGUGCCAAUGUUAGCAUUUGUGUGGAUUUACAGUUGAAAUCAGAAGUUUACAUACACCUUAGAAAGAAUACAUUUAAAUUAAAUUUCUCACAUUUCCUGACAUUUAAUCAUAGAAAACAUUCCCUGUCUUGGGUCAGUUAGGAUCACUCCUUUUAUUAAAAAAAUGUGAAAUGUCAGAAUAAUAUUAGAGAGAAUUAUUUAUUUCAGCUUUUAUUUCUUUCAUCACAUUGAAACUAAAUACAGUGGGUCAGAAGUUUACAUAUACUGUUAGUAUUUGGAAGCAUUGCCUUUAAAUUGUUUAACUUGGGUCAAGUAGCCGUCCACAAGCUUCUCACAAUAAGUUGCAGGAAUUUUGGCUCAUUCCUCCAGACAGAACUGGUGUAACUGAGUCGGGUUUGUAGGCCUCCUUGCUCGCACACACUUUUUUUAGUUCUUCCCACAAAUGUUCCUAUUGGAUUGAGGUCAGGGCUUUUUGAUGGACACUCCAAUACCUUGACUUUGUUGUCCUUAAGCCAUUUUGCCACAAUUUGAAGGUAUAUUUGGGGUCAUUUUUCAUUUGGGAGACCCAUUUGCCAAAGCUUAAACUUCCUGGCUGAUGUCUUGAAAUGUUGCUUCAAUAUAUCCACAUCAUUUUCCUUCAUGAUGACAUCUAUUUUGUUAAGUGCACCAGUCCCUCUUGCAGCAAAGCACCCCCACAACAUGAUGCUGCCACUCCCAAGCUUCACACAUUUGUACAAGGACCUUUGCUGUUGUUCUGGGUUUGAUUUUCACUUUUUGCGCCAAACUGCGUUGAUCUCUAGGAGACAGAAUGCGUCUCCUUCCUGAGCGGUAUGAUGGCUACGUGGUCCCAUGGUGUUUAUACUUGCAUACUAUUGUUUGUACAGAUGAAAGUGUUACCUUCAGGCAUUUGGAAAUUGCUUAAUUUGAAGGUAGGCCUUAAAAUACAUCCACAGGUACACCUCCAAUUGACCCCAAUUAGCCUAUCAGAGGCUAAAGGCUUGACAUAAUUUUCUGGAAUUUUCUAAACUGCUUAAAGGCACGUAUGUAAACUUCUGACUCACUGGAAUUGUGAUAGUCAAAUAAAAGUGAAACACUCUGUCUGUAAACAAUUGUUGGAGAAAUUACUAGUAUCAUGCACAAAGUAGAUGUCCUAAACGAUUUGUCAAAACUAUAGUUUGCUAAUAUUAAAUCUGUGGCGUGGCUAAAAAAAAUGAGUUUUAAUGACUUCAACCUGUAGCUCUAUAAAUACAAUAAAGCUCACCUUAGCAUUCUUCCACAUGAUCUCUACACAGACUAAUACUAAUCUAUGAAGGAAAAACGUUUUAUACAAGUUAUAUUUAAUGGACAUUAUUUGUGGUUAAUGUUAGUAACCGCAUUAAAUAAUUUUAACUGGUCCCUCUUUUACUUUAAACAAAUAAAUAAACAAAUAAAUAAAUAAAAGCAAAAAUCAAGGUUAUGGUAGGGGGAUUAUAAUUUUUUUAAGCACUUACAUUUAAUUCUUCUGCAGUAAAGUUGUUUAAAUUGACGUUUUACAGUCAAUUUAGAGUUUACAAAAUUGGAUAUAUCUUUACAUAGAAAAUGGUAGUAAGUGAUUUUAUCACACUAAAAUCAUGUUAACACGCAUAUUGUUUACAUCUUAUGGCUAUAAUUAUGAAACGGUAAGUUUUUUAAUGUUUAUGGGUUGCCCUUGUUCACUUUAAUUGUAACUCAGAUUUUUUAAAGAAAAGGGAUUAGUCGAAAUUUUUAUUUAUUUUGUAAUCAACAUUUGCCACAAAUGCUGUCUAUUGAGCUUAAAGGGAUAGUUCACCCAAAAAUCAAAAUCUAAUUUACUCACCCUCAUGUUAUAACAAAUGUGUAUGACUUUCAUUCUUCUGCAGAACACGAAUUAAAGUUUUUUUUUAGAAGAAUAUCUCAGCUCUGUUGGACCAAACAAAGCAAGUGAAUUGUGACCAGAUCUUUGAAUUUCCAAAAUGCACAAAGGCAAAUAUUGUUUCUCACUCACACCUAUCAUAUAGCACAAGGCACAUAUAGCACAUAUUCACAAGGCAUGAAUUUAACCAUUGGAGUCGUAUGGAUUAAUUUUAUGAUGCGUUUCAAAGUUUUGGUCACCAUUCACUUGCAUUGUAUGGAACUACAGCGCUGAGAUAUUCUGCUUAAAAUCUAAGAUGGCAUGAGGGUGAGUAAAUUAAGAUUUUUAGGUGAACUCUCUCUUUAACUUGUAUUGAACCUGGAAUUUUCGUUUAAGUCAGAAACCACUACAGAUGCAAGUUACUGAACUUAAAUCAGUUCACAUAUCAUUAGUCUUUUUUCAUAUCACAUCAUUAGGAAUAAUAAAAUCAUGGAUCAAA